AACACUAAAAAAUAUUUUAAUAAUAAUAAUAAUAAUAAUUAUAUCAAGCACUAUUAUUAAUUAUAAUUUAUAAAAUAAAAUAAAAUAAAAUAAAAAAAAAAGUAUUAUAACCUGUGAAAAAAAAAAGUUGAUGACAUGAAAAUGUGAAAAAAUAAUUAGAGGAAGAAAGAAAAAUGCUUCACUCAAAUUUAAAUAAUGAAAAUAAUAGUGAAGACAAGGGUGUUAUACGUUGUAUUUUUUUUUCAGAAUUUCAUCAUAUAGCUGGCCCUAAAAUAACUUGUCAAGUACCUGAUAAUCAUGUGUCCAAAGAUAUAUUUGAUAAUGUAAGCGUUUACAUUAUACCAAAAGCACAAUUACAACGAAGUACUCUUACCGUGACACUACAAAAUUGCAAAAUUUUAGGAUUUCCAGUAAAAAUAGAUGACAAAAAAUAUGCUCGAAAUGCAUUUUAUUUUAAUUUAUGUUUUGUAUGUAAUGCUGAUGCACGAACUGUUCAUUAUGAGCCGGUUGUUAAAAAAAUGUCCGACUUUUUGAUGGCUUUGGAAGUGGAAAAUAGUUUUCUGUCAAAUGUUUCCGUUGAUAAAAGUCGAUUGACCGAAAUUCUUGGGCAAGUUAUGAAUGAUUUAAAUUGUCAUAACAUGUGUACAUUGACAGAAGGUACAAUGACAACUCAUUUGAAAGUUGUUAGACUGGCAGCUGAGCCAAAGCCCGUAUUAGAUCAUCAGGUUCCUGUAUUUCUGGUAAAUCGUGAAUCUUUUUGCUGUGACCAGUGGGAUCUUACAACUCAACAAGUUUUGCCGUAUAUUGAUGGUUUUAAUCAUGUUACUCGAAUUGCUGCUGAAGCUGAUGUAGAAAAUAAUCUUGUCAAAAGUUGUGUUCAAAAUCUUGUUUAUUAUGGAGUCGUAACUCUUAUUCCUAUAUUUCAAUAUUGUAAUAUUUACACAACUACUUCAAAGCUUGGAAUUUUAGCUGAGAAUAAAGAGUUGCAAGAAGAAUGUAUUCAUUUUGUAUCUAAAUCUGCAAGGCAACCAGCUCAUCUUCGUGAUAUCUACAGAAUGUAUGCAACAAUGACUCAUGGUACAACAAUAAAAGAUUUGUGUCAGCGAUUAAAUCCACAAAAUUUAAGGAUCAACGAGCGAAGAUUAGUACAAUUUGGAUUAAUUAAAGGAUUUAUUCGAAGAGUUUACAAGUAUCCAAUUUAUGUUAAGGGAUCAUUUGGAGAUAAUAAUUUAUAUGACAAUUGUGAAAAUCAUAAAAAUGAUCCUAUUUAUAAAUAUUUUACUGGUGCUUACAGUUUUGAUGAAAUUUGUUGCAAUACUGGGCAAUCUGUUGCACAAAUAGAAGAUAUUGUUGAAAGAGAUCCCAACGUUGUUGUAUUAUUUAAAUAA